AUGGACCAGCUGGCCAUGCCCCCCCUCCCUCGAUUGCAGAGAGAACAGCUGCUGGAGGAGCUUCGCGCCAAAAUGAUGCUCGACUUAGGUAGUAUGAUGGACGCGAAGCUCCAGACCAUACAGGACAGGCUCUUGCCGGCGAGACUGUCCAAGGAGGAUGUCCUCGCGGCAAUUGUCCGGCACGGCAAACGCUCCGCCGAGCAUGUGCGAGUGGGCCCGAUCCGCUUCCGCGGAGUUUUCGGCACGGGGGCAGCGUGGGUGCGAUGCCCGGUUGAGGCGGCGAAGUGCCUUGCCGAAGCCGGCCGCCUUUUGGUCGGCUGGAGCUCGGCGAGAGUAGUGCCGCUGGAGCCGCGCCCCAUGCAUUGCUUCCGGUGCCUCGAGGUGGGUCAUGCCGGCCUAAGGUGCCCGUCAACCACCGACCGCAGCCGUUUGUGCUUCCGCUGCGGCGGUGAGGGGCAUAUGGCCGAGGCGUGCACUUCGGACCCGCGGUGUCCGGUGUGUGCGGAGGCGGGAGUAGCCGCCAACCAUAUGGUGGGGGGCAAGCAAUGCCACCCACCCAAGAGUCGCAAGGGCAUGGGGCCCUCCAAAUCCUCGGCCCCGCCCAAGAAAUCUGCCGUGCCUGAGGUAGUUAUAAUGGACGUGUAA